AUGCCUGAAACUUCCGUCAGCGUUUCGCAGAAGUCGUAUUCGGCUGGACCCUCCGGUAGAACCAUUGUAUACGACGAGGAUGGGAAACCUUGCCGGUCGUGCAACACACUGCUAGAUUUCAAGUUUGCUACGAAUGCGCUGCAUGGCAAAGUGGCAGAUUCCACGGGGGCAGUACCUGAGGCAGCAGCGGCGGCCGCGACCGUGAGUGCAAAUAUCCCGGGGAGCAAGCAUUAUCGCCAAGUAGAGCCGGCAGACGUUGAGGAGCUGGGCAGGUCUUCGUGGACGCUGCUCCACACCGCCGCAGCCAAAUACCCAAGACAACCGAGCGACGCGCAGAAGCAGGAGAUGCGGCAGUUCCUGUCCAUUUUCUCGCACAUCUACCCUUGCAACUGGUGCGCCAAAGAUUUCGAGCAAUACAUCAGGGACCGGGCUCCUCGGGUGGAUUCCCGGGAUGAGCUCGGCCAGUGGAUGUGCGAGGCCCACAACGAUGUGAACCAAAAGCUUGGGAAGGAGCUCUUCGACUGUAACUUCUGGAAAAAGCGGUGGCUUGACGGUUGGGAAUAG